CACUACUUGCAUAGGGUGUGAAAUAACAGCUCGCGCACCCUCGUGAGUGCACUACCUUACCAAACGGCGCGCGGUUCGGGACACAGCCGCAGUUUGCUUUGCAAGCGUUGAACGCAAUAACUAGAUUUCUCGGCUGCAUUUUUUUUAUUCGCUUUGACGCAGAUUAAAGGAUAAACUCGGUGAAGAAUUGGGUUUCAGGUCCUGCACUGUGUGAUGAGACGCCAGGACGUGAGGACAUUGCCGCUUUCAUUGUGGUUGUUGUUGACAAACUCCUUCUGAUUCCAGUGGAAUCUUCUGCUUUGUUGUUGUUGUUUUGUUUCAUGAGACGCACGCGGCAGAGCCUUGGCUCGUACAUGUAGACCGUUCCGGUGACGAUGCCCGUCCAAGCGCCGCAAUGGACCGAGUUCCUGCUGUGUCCCAUCUGCACGCAGACGUUCGAGGAGACGGUGCGGCGGCCCAUAAGCCUCGGCUGUGGCCACACUGUCUGCAAGAUGUGCCUGAACAAGCUGCACCGCAAGGCCUGCCCCUUCGACCAGACGGCUAUCAACACCGACAUCGAGCAGCUGCCCGUCAACUCGGCCCUGCUGCAGCUCGUCGGGGCACAGGUGCCCAAACUGCAGCCUGUGGCACUCAUUAGUAGUCCGGAAGACACUGAGCAUUACGAUGAGGCGCGGCAGUGCGUGGAGGAGCUCGCCCUCUACCUCAAACCUCUCAGCAGCGCAAGAGGCAUGGGGUUGAGUAACGCAGCACAGAGCAUGCUCAGCAGACCCAUGCAGAGGAAGCUGGUGACCCUGGUGCACUGCCAGCUGGUGGAGGAAGAGGGCCGGGUGCGUGCCAUGCGUGCCGCUCGCUCGCUGGGAGAACGCACUGUCACCGAGCUCAUCCUGCAGCACCAAAACCCCCAGCAGCUCUCCUCCAACCUGUGGGCUGCUGUCCGCGCCAGGGGCUGCCAGUUUCUAGGACCAGCCAUGCAGGAGGAGGCCUUGAAACUGGUACUGCUGGCACUGGAGGACGGAUCUGCUCUGUCCAGGAAGGUGCUGGUGCUGUUCGUGGUGCAGCGUCUGGAGCCCAGAUUCCCACAGGCCUCCAAAACCAGCAUUGGACACGUGGUUCAGCUGCUUUACCGCGCGUCUUGCUUUAAAGUGACCAAGAGAGACGAGGACUCGUCGCUGAUGCAGCUGAAAGAGGAGUUUCGAACGUACGAGGCUCUGCGGAGGGAGCACGACUCUCAGAUUGUCCAGAUCGCCAUGGAGGGAGGACUGCGCAUCGCCCCGGACCAGUGGUCCUCUCUGCUCUACGGGGAUCAGUCGCACAAGUCCCACAUGCAGUCCAUCAUCGACAAGUUGCAGACUCCUGCAUCAUUCGCGCAGAGCGUGCAGGAGCUGACGAUAGCACUACAGAGGACGGGCGAUCCUGCCAACCUGAACCGGCUCAGACCUCAUUUAGAGCUGCUGGCCAACAUCGACCCCAGUCCAGAUGCGCCCCCUCCAACAUGGGAGCAGCUGGAGAAGGGCCUGGUAGCAGUGAAGACGGUGGUGCACGGCCUGGUGGACUUCAUCCAGAACCACAGCAAGAAGGGCACGGAGCAGCAGCAGCCGCCACAACACAGCAAGUACAAAACCUACAUGUGCCGUGACAUGAAGCAGAAAGGGGGCUGCCCCCGAGGUGCCAGCUGUACCUUCGCCCACUCGCAGGAAGAGCUUGAGAAAUACCGUAAGAUGAACAAACGCCUGGCUCCGAGACUUCCCUGUGGUCCCUCCCUGCUGCCUGACGAAGGUGUUCCUCUUGAUGGCGUGACCCGUAAACCCUCACCCCUUACCAACGGCAUCGUGGCGUCAUGUCCAGCGCCGCAGCUUUUAGCACGUGGACACGACCCUUCGCCAUAUGACCUCAUGCGCAAACCCAAAAUGGACAGCCUGAGCGCUCCUGGAUCUCCCCCUGAUUCGUACGACUUUAAUUUGGAUAAGUCUGGCCUGCCCCCGCACGCAGUUGCUCACCCAAGGGCCGAGCACCUGCCCAUGCCCAAGCAGAUUCCCGGCGUGCCCCGCGGUGCUCCGCCGCUCUACCCACAACAGCCCGAGCUUUUUUAUCCUGAGGCCAGAGCACCAUCAGGAGCGCAGUAUGACGCCCAGUACUCUGCUGGUACCCCGUACCCCUACCAGCCGACUCAGUAUGUGCCACCCCGCUACAUCCGUAACCCUCUGUCCUCGGGCGAUGCCCCGUACCAGGACCCGUACUCUGCUUAUGGCCCCGACCGCCAGUAUCCACCUCCACACCACUCUGGCCCACCUUUCUCAGGCGUCAGCACCCAUCCAUACCCGCCCCCAUCUCACUAUGACACCCGCCGACAUGGCCCAUACGCAGCGCCACCCCCGCCACCACCACCUCAGCCCUUCGGCCCGCCCCGAGACGAGCUGGUGCGCAUGAGCCCUGUGUCCUUAGAUGCGCCACCCACUCCUGGGGCACCCUCCUCCCUCUACCAUGCUGAGGUAGCAUCCCGAGAGCGAUAUCCUCCAGAGGGGUACUACCACCCCCCUGCACCACAUCCCGGCCAAAUCCGCUCCCAUAUCAGGGACCCGUACGGCCGCUCCCAGCCCAGCCUGGACUACCUGCACCGCAGGCGUAAGGAGCUGCUGAACCAGCUGGAGGAAAGAAAAGUAAUUUCUCCUCCACCGUUCGCCGCCUCCCCGACUCUGCCCUCUCACACCUUCCCCAACGACUACCCUCAGGAGGCACAGUACAUAGAGGAUGGCUCCAAGGCUUUCGGCACCCGAGAACCUGACUACGCCGGGCAGUACUCCCCGUGGUCGUGCGACACCAUCGGCUCGUACAUUGGCUCCAAAGAUCCCAAACCGAAAGACGGCGUGAGCGCUGGAGCGGUGGAAAUGAUGAACACGGAGGGGAAAGGUCUAAGGGAGCCGCCUCUGGAUGGUCAGCGGCGCUCGGCAGAAGCCAAAGACGACGAUCCCAUCAUUCCGUUCGGCCCUCUGCCCACUGUGUCACCGUUCGGUGCUAUUUCCCGCACGUCAAAGACAGGCUACCAGACCACGGGCCCUGUGCAGGCCAUGGCGUCCUCGCAGGCCUCCGGCUCCAAACAUGUCACUACAGCAGCCGACUACUCGUACGGAAACCACGGUGGCGGUUGGAGCAGUGUGUCUUAUCCUCCCGGCCACUUCAGCGAGCGGCUGCCGGCUGUGUCCAUGUCCACCCCCGAAAGAGAGCAGCUAAAGAUGGAGCUCCAGCAGGUCAACCAGCAGAUCAGUCAGCAGACGCAGAUCCGCAGCAUGGAGCUCUCAAGUUCCCAAAUCUGCGCGCAGGCCGCGAGUAACUCCGUGCUGCUGCAGCGAGAGGCCAGCGCUCUGAACACUCAACCUCCGGGCGCUAAAUGGCCCGUGGGGGGUGGCACCGUGUCCAGCGAGCAGCUCAGCCUAGAGCUUCACCACGUCGAGAGAGAAAUCGGGAAGAGGACACGUGAAAUCGCUAUGGAGAACCAGGUGGCACAGGAAGUCCAAUACAAACUAAAGGCCACUGAAAACGGCCAGAUUGACCACAAAGCCCAGCUGGAAGAGCUCUCUUUAUCACUGGGCGAUGUCUCGAACGGGGUAGGCAGCGUGGCACCUGCCAACAGUGUCGGGGGAGCCAUGUUGUCUCUGACCAAUAAGACGUCUUCGCUCAACCUCUGCUCCGGAGACCAAGUGGGAAGCGGAUCAGAGCUCCAAAAGAACGGCGUCGUUCGUUCUUGAGAGGCCGUAACCACACAUCCAAACACACACACUCUAUUUGAGAUUUCAUCUUUUUCAUUCAAAAGCGUUAAAACACGUUAACUGAUUUGAAGAGAAAUGCGCCAAUAUGAGAUGAGGGACACGCACACACUUCUGUGUGAGCACACACACACACACACACUUGCAUGCUGUUCCAUGCAUGCACAAAACACUUGUUUUAUUUUCGAAAAAGAAAUGAGCAGUAUCUGCCGUGAUUAUGAAUCUUGUUUUCCUUUUUUUGUUCUGUGAAUGAGCUUUUUGUUUUUGUUUUUCAAACGACUUCUCAUCGCCUGGAAACCAGGGCAUCUGAUAAUAUCCUGUAAUUGUUUUUUUCCUUUUCUCCUCUGAGGGUUUUUUUUGUUUGUUUGUUUGUUCUUUUAAAUUAAUGCGACAAAUCUGAGGCUAAGGAAAAAUUUCAAAAGCGAGCCGAGUCCGUAGCAUCUUUACAACCGGUAUUCUCAAAAACGCCACAAAAUCUGCGCAGCCUCGAACGUGACGUGACUGACCAGACACAAAAGUAGCACGGAAAGCCAUUUUAUCGGUCUGUUUUCGUACAGAGCGUUACCGCGGCUUUCCCCCCAACAAGGGUGCAACCGACACGGUGGCGAAUCGUUUGGAUGAAACAAGCCGGAGCUUGCGUGUUCGGCGAACACGAGGGUUCGAGAUAACGGUAUCAAUCGUACGAUUUCAUUUAAUUUACGGUUUUGGCUAAAGAACUGUUCAGAAUUUCUAAGUCCGGGCGUCUAGAGCAUUCUGUUUUAUAGAAUGCGUGCAAUUGUCUUAACAAAAAAAACAAAAGCACUUUCUUCCAUGUUUUUUCUACGAGCGUGUACUUUUUUUAUUCGAGGAAGAACGUCUUUUUGAUCCUCGUGUUCGCCGGAGUCGCACCACCGCGGUUCAACUUGUAAUUGUUAUUUUGAUUGCCUCCCACCGCCACUCGUGUCACGUGGGUCGCAGCCUUGUGCACGAAUUCCCGUCGAUCCUCCAUGACUUCUGUGAAGUUGCUUACGUGGGUUUUCUGGUCACGUUCGCACGUUAGGUUAGUUGCUGCACAGGAAAGAGGGAAGCGGUGCUCGAACUUGCAUCACCACGAGAUCCACGUUUUAAAAUAAAUAAAUUAAUACCUCUGAUUAGGCUUGUAAACCGCGCUCCUCACAACCCCGGCAGCUUGUUUCCGAAUCGAUUUGCCGCAGCGACGUUUACUCGAGCUCAUCGCCUUGCUUCGAUGUAGUGAUUGUGUGUUUUCACACACAACAUAACAGAUUGUAUAACGAUACUCCGCCGACUGUUCAGACAAAAAGACAAGGAUGCCCCUGAAAACUAUCAGAUCAAGACAUGUACAAGCUCUGAAGUCUUCCUAUAGUGAUGACAUUCUUCACGUGCAAACGUUUCGUUCUAGUCUCUUGAGACCGACUAUGAUAAUUAAGCUCCAAUUUUGGGUGCAACCUCUUAACGUGUAAAUUUUUUUUUCGUCUUGAUUAUUUUGUGCUCUAAGUUGUCGUGAUUUACAAUUAUAUUAAUGAUUUAUAAUCAUGAACUUUUUUUUUUUCUUCUUAUGAUUUUGCUCGCAAAGAGCAUGCAGCCUUUUCCAAGCAAUCGUCAAGAUUGGACGCGAGCCACGUAGCCAGACGUUUCGCGAAACGAGGAUUGCGAGGUUUUCGUGUGUUUCUUGUGCUAGACAAGCAUCUACUUGCGAAUAGUCGUGUAAAAUAAUAAAAUCGCUCGGAUCCAAAUAAUCGGCUUGCUUCCAGACAGAAACGCGACCUUCUUUGAUGUAAUGGUCGCAACUCUGCAUUAUAUAAACGUUUGGUUUUUUUUUUUUUUUUUUAAACGUAGUUAAUUGUCGUUUGUCCUCGGAGUGGAUUACGGUCCACUCGCGCUGUUCAUGCAAUCGUAAACUUUAGCGCGGCCGAAGAAUCGCUCGCAUGUUCUACAUCCAGACGGGUGCCAGCAUCGCUAACGGGAAAUUUUAGCAGGACAAAUUUAACUGAGAGACACAUCGUCUUUCACGUCCGAUGUCCUAUCCCAUUCUUCUGGGUUUUUUUAUAUUAUUUAUUUAAAUUUUUUUUUUUUGCCUUUUCCACCAAUGCCGAGAAAGCAGAAAAGCAGAGAUUUUCAGGUGUCUCCCAUAUCGAUGUAGUCCUUUCCUUGGCGAAGGACCGUGCGGAGGCAAGGUGGACGAUCAACAGAAGUCUUGUAAGGUUUAGCAUAAAAGAAACGUUCAAGAAUAAUCGUACGUCACAUGGCAUCAUCUUUUGUUUUGAUUUGUUGCCUGACUGAACAAACACAAUCCUUUUUAAAAAAAAAUAUUAUUAUAAUUAUAACUAAAACUCCUGCGUGUGGAAGGAAGCCAAUGUUUUCUACCACGGUGAACUCUUCGCUGAACCAAAACCGAACUAAGCGUUCUGGAUCCUCUUGCGUGUGUUGUUAGCGCAGGUUAACGUAAUAUUACAGCAUAUAAAUGUGAGGAAUUAUUUUAUUUAUUUACCUUUUCUUCCCCUUACGAUGUUCCCAUGAGUGACACACAGCUAGGACGCUACUUUUAUUUGGAUUACGUGGGAACGUGUGCGAUAAUUAUUUAAAGAUUAUUUCGUAAAUUGGUUUAAUUUAGAUUUUUCCCCCCUUUAUUUUUUUUUUUCUUUUUUUUUUUUUUUUUUUUUUUUUGGGUGUACAUUUUAAUAAUCAGUGAUCUCACUGAGCUUGUAACUCUCGCUUUGGAAUCUUUGUACGUUUUACAGAUGAAAUCGUGCCCGUUGUCCAUCCACUAAAGACGUAAGUGGCAUAAGACUCGUUUAUAUAAGAAACGUUUUGUGCAUGACGAUUUAUUUUUCUUUCUUUCCUGGAGCAGAGGCGUCACAGCGUAAAUGUGGCGAUCUUUGCGAGCAGGCCUGUUCCUAAUGGAUGAUAUUCAUUUCUCUAUGCGGAUCGUGUCUGUUUUGAGCGGACCUGUAGCACUCGUUUAAACGAUAAAAGCUGAUUUAACUCGUGUUUUUUGAACCUUAACACUGUUAUGGCUGUGUCUAUAUAAUUUUUUUUCCCCUCUUUUUUUAUUCCUAACUUUUUUUUGGGGGGGGGGGGACGUACUGGCUUUUUUAUGAUUACUUCCAAGUCGUCUUGUUUAAAAACAAAAAGAAAAAAAAAAUCUUAACUUAAGGUACAGACUUGAUUUCAAACAAGGAAAGGUUUUAUAUAUAAACUUUAGAUUAUACUCCAUUAAGGAAUGUUUAGAACCAUCUUACUCCAAUGUGGAUGUAGCCAUUAUUACGCCAUUUUAUGACUUUGUAAAACAAAUUCACUGUGUGAAAAUUGGUUUGCAUUUUUUGUAUAAUACAAUCUGCUCUUUGUUUUUGUUUUGAGAGGUGAAACUGGAAGUUUGGAGGAGGAGGAGGGGGUGGGGGGGAAACCCUGUGAUAUUAAAAACAAAAAACAAACAAAAAAAAAACCUUGUGUACGACAGUGAUUAUAAAUGAGAGGCUGGAUUAAACAAUUGACACUUAA